GGCGUCGUGCACAUGCGGGAUGUUUCGGAAGCGCAGGACGCGGACUUGUGCGGGUCGCAAUGACGGAAGCACACAGCGUCUUCCCGAGAAGCGACAUGUUUCGCUUGAAUAAACUAGGAAAAAGCCGAUAGAAUCCAGUCCUUGUGUUCGAUUGCGACCUUUUCCACGGGAAAUGGCGGCUUUUAUUGCACAUCCCUCAGUAAGGAUCAAAGGAACUGAGCAAAUCUACAAUCCAGUUCUGUGCCAGGAUGAGAAAUGCGCUGCCAGGGCUAAGGGCAGCCACAUGCACUGUCCCUUCUGCAAUGUUGCCGAGGCAUACCAGGACCCGGUGAUCUUGCAGGCCCAUUACAGAGUCAAACAUGUAGACAAGGGCAUUGAUUUUGCUGGCUUAAAAGUACUGCGGUGUUGCAACCACUGUGAGAUUGUUGGCACAAUUAAAGGUGAGAAGAAGUUCAAAGGGGCCCACUGGCACUGUUACCGGUGCCGAAAUGGCUUCAACCGCAGGGAUGAGGCCAUCAAGCAUUACAAAACCCACUUCCGCAACCCGCACACCACCUUUCAGAUCCAGAUCACCCAGGAGGUGAACAACCGGCAGUAUUAUGAACAGAACGCAGAGGCACAUCCGAAGGCCUACGGUGGCCUCGCAAUUUCCUCUGGCACCAAUGGGGAAUGCUGCACCAUUGGUUCAAUGCUGGCUCAGACUGUCAUUAACACGUCAACAAGUGCAGAAUCCCUUCUCAGAGAGGUACACAAGGACAGCAGCGUGAACAAUGGGAUGAUGGUGGGAGCCGUGGAGACGGUGGGACCUUCCCAGCAGGCCUCAGGCCGCGAGACACUGGUACUGAUGAAUCCCAGUGGGGAGAACGACAGUCUGGUAUUCGAAGAAACAUCCAGCAUCAUUGGCGAGCAGGGUGGAGAGAACCUGGACCAGAGUCUGCUGCUGGAGCGGCAGCUUCUGGAACUGCAUCAGCAGAACCAGGCGCUGCAGCAAGAGAAGGACCUCAUGGAGAAGAAACUGCAGGCUGAGAUCCAGCAGCUUAAAGACCAUAUGGUCAGUCUGGUGCAGGCGAAUGUAAAAAUGUUUGAAGAGCUGCAGUUAUAUCGCACUGUCGAAGGGAGUGAGGAGAAGAUCACUAAGCUUGUAGAAAGCUUGGAGGCCCAGCAUCAUGAACUGCUCAAGACCCAACUAGCCACCCUCAAGAAGGAGAUUCUGCAGCAGCACAACGGGCUGACGGUCAAUGGGCACCCAGGGGAGCACCUUGGCCUUCCUGUCGAGUGCCAGGGGGCGACGGGGGCCCUGGCUGUGUCUUUUCUGAACACAGAGCCGUCCGAGGUGCAGGAGGGUGGCGCUCUCACAGGAAUUGAACUUGUGGAGGUGCAGCUGGGACCAGAGCAGGUGCAGCCUGCAGCUAAGACUGCAGACCUAGUUCCUGCCCCCAGUCCUGUCUGCCCUGCAGAGCUGGCCCCGGAGCGGCAGGUGGUGCUGUCUCCCGCAAAGCGCUUGUCUGACGCUGUGCCUGAAGGCGAGGCCAGAAACAAACUGGCACGCACAACCUGACUUCUGGGAGCACCUUCGCCCUCCAUUUGUCAUCGUCUGCCUCCUAAUGAUACCACAGCUGAACUUAUGGCGGAAGCGCUCUAGAGUCCUGCGUAUGAUUGUUGGGGGGGGCUGUGGCUCGCUCCCACACUGAGCAAACUGCUCUGUACCAGGGUACUGCUCUGUACCAGGGUACUGCUCUGUGGACACUUUUUAUACCUGCUAGUAUAGUUUUGUAAGCGCGAUGGUUCACGCUGUAUUAAAGACGUUUCCUGGACCGGAACCAAAUUAUUUAUGUCACUGUAUUUUAAUUGUAAUUCUUAAAAUGUUAACCUUACACCCUUCAUCUCUUCCAGAUUGUUCCAGAUUGUAUUCCAGAUGUUAAAACAUUAGAAGUUCCCCUGAAUUAGGUCGGAUCGUCACUACUGUUUUACUAAUAAAUCCUCUUAAGCAGUCUAAUAUUUAUUUUAAUGGUCUAAUGUGAAUAGUUCAUUCAUCCUUCUGUGGAUAUUGUGUAGUUUACAGGUAAGAGCCAGUUUUGGGGUCAGUAUAGAGCUAGACAGGAUCCAGUGUCUUGGACCAAUUAGGGCUAAGGUUCUUUCUCAGUGGCCAACGGUGACAGUGCGCUUCUGGCUACAGGAUUGGUGUUGGUAACCUUCCAGUCCCAAGGUACAGAGUCACUCUGUGAGAGACUUAAAGCAGUGGACUGCUUAUCAAACUGUGAGCAUUCAAAGGAAUGCCGUAAAAACAUGACUGACACGAACAGAGGGUACUGCUCAUGGAGUGGGCUGGGUUAAAAUAAAAUACCAAAAGGUU